GCGAGUGCUAGUUAAGAUUCAUAUGUUCAGCGCAGAGACACAAAGAAGCAGCUCUUGAGUGUCGUCUUUGGAGAAUUUUGGAAGUUCCUGCAAGGUGAAGCAUUUAACUUUUCAAACAUUCAUAAAGAAAAGUUUCCCUAUCAUAUAUUUCACUGCAAGUAUAGUAAUAAAGCCGGUGGUACUUCAAAUUACGUCUUUCUUUUCGGAAAGAAAGGUAUAUGGCUGAAAAUAUAACUUCGGGAAUGUCGGAACUUUCCAUAAGCUCUGCUGAUGCAGGGCAAAGAGGACCUAGAAUUAUUGUUCAGGGUGGUGCGUUUAACCCGUAUCAGGAACCAUCGGGACGAAAAGAAGAUUUUAUGACAGGAGUAAAAGAAUCUGCCAAGGCGGGAUACGCCAUUUUGACCAACGGUGGCACGGCGGUCGAUGCUGUAGAAGCAGCAGUUCGUGAACUGGAAGACAAUGGGAAUUUUAAUGCUGGUUAUGGAUCGUAUUUGAACAACAAUGGUGAGGUGGAAUGCGAUGCAUUGAUUAUGGAUGGCAACACAUUAGAUACUGGUGCAGUGAUGAAUGGACGUUAUUUUCGUAAUCCUGUUUCGCUUGCCAAAAAGAUCAUGCAAGAUUCGUAUCAUUGUGCAUUGUCUGGUGAUGGAGCGCUGGAAUUUGCUUUGCGCCAUGGGGUAAGACUCUAUGAUCCGUCGAAAUUGAUCAGCGAGCGUGCCCGUGAGAAAACUUAUAAGUACGAAAACUUUCCAAAAACUGUUCGCACUAUCUAUCCGGGAGGCCCCUUCGAAGAAGAACAUGAUACUGUUUCAGCUGUUGCUAUGGAUGCCAAGGGCAAUCUGGCGUGUGCGAUGUCAUCAGGUGGUAUACCUGGCAAGUUGAAAGGUCGGGUUGGCGAUGCAGCGCUGGUUGGCUGUGGGGGCUACGCAAAUAAACACGGAGCAGCCACUGUAAGUGGACAUGGAGAGUCAAUAAUGAAAAUGACUCUGGCAAGAGAAGUUGUUUCCAUGAUGGAAGAAGACGAGGGAAAAGAAUCAAAAGAUGCUCAGGAAUCUGCAGAAAUCGCUUCAAAGAAAUUGCUUAAACGCAUUGGUUUUUGCGGUGCUUGUGGUAUAAUUGCUAUUGAUAAAAAUGGAAAAUUUGGGAGAGAAUUCAAAACCAAAGCUAUGCCGUGGGCGAGCAUCGUGGGAAAGCAAAUGGAAUAUGGUAUGGAUCCAUAUGAAAGGAAAACUGAGUUCCUUUGAAACAACUUUUAUGAACAAUUUUAUAUUUAAUUUUUUAUUUAAGGCCUAUAUGAGUUUCAUACUAAGUUUAUUAUCUCUCAAGAUAAUAUGUUUCAUCGUAUAAAUACCUAUUAAAUUCAAUUAUUCAUAUUAAAUUCAUGUUAUAGAGAAUGCUUUCUUAGCUUCCUUCAGCUUCCAUAUAUAUUUUGACAGCUCCGUCUCCUUCGCGUAUUUCUUGUUCGCGAAAAAUUUUGCGUGGUUUCGGUAGCGCGUUUUGAAAUAGUCCGCAGUGACUCCGAUGAUCUUGGCUGCAUGGUGGAUCGUUAAUUGUUUCACGUGGACACUUCGGCUGUUACACUACGUUUAAUGUGAGCUGGGAAUUUUUCCGGUUGUCUACAGUUGCAUUGUCGUGAGUUGUUUGCAUGCGUCGUCUGUGUUCGCGUUUGUCUGUUUUGUGUGGUUACUUUCUUGUUGUGCUUGUACAUCUUUAUGAAUGAGUGCAUUUUGCCAAGACAGCCGUAUAGCUAAUUCGUACGAUAUUGCAUGUCGGUUGAAGAUUUUGUGGAGUUGUUGGAAGGUGGGAAGUGUUUGUCUAACAGUUUUCGUUUUUACGCUUUUCGAGUAAGGGGGAUUGUACUAGAUUGUGUUGCGAAAUUUGCCAAAUAUAUUUUGCAUUAUUACACGCAAAAUAUAGAUUCGAAUUUUUUUUUUACCCUGUAUAAAGGAAGUCACCCCCAGUCUUUGCAUGCAAAAACAAACACGGCCAAAACAAAAGUAUUUUGUUGUGAUUUUGUAAAUCUGAUGAAAACUCCAAAAAAAAUUUUUAAAAAGAUAAUAACUGAUUUUGUUAGUACUUCCUGAUGUAAAUAGAAUGCAUUUUAUGGACCUAUUUUUGGGAAUGCGGAGUAUAAGACAGUUCUUUGCUAUAGGAAAAAGCGUAGAGCCUAUAGCGUGACAAUGCAGGAAGAUUUGUUCUACUUUAUGAU